UGAAUUAAUGAACCAGGGGAUUCUUGCUCUGGUUACAUCUACGGGUUGCGCAGCCGCAAGCGCCUUGCAAUCUCUUACUGAUGCAAUGCACAUCCCACACCUCUUCAUCCAAAGAAAUGGUGAUGGUGGACCUCGCACUGCCUGCCAACUUAACCCCAGCCCAGAUGGAGAGAGCUACACUCUGGCUGCCCGUCCACCUGUUCGCAUCAAUGACGUCCUGCUGACCCUCGUCUCAGAGUUUCACUGGCAAAAGUUUAUCAUCUUUUACGAGAGUGACUACGAUAUCCGGGGACUACAAACCUUCAUGGACCAGGCGUCUCGGCUUGGUCUGGAUGUCUCCCUGCAGCGGGUGGACCGCAAUGUCAGUCGAGUAUUUACCGAUCUCUUUAACACAAUGCACACAGAGGAGCUGAACCGGUACCGGGACACCCUACGACGGGCCGUGCUCCUCAUGAGUCCUCGAGGAGCCCAAGUCUUCAUCCACCAGGCAGUGGAAACCAACCUUGCAUCCAAGGACAGUCACUGGGUCUACGCAAAUGAGGAGGUGAGCGAUGCAGACAUAAUGGAGCUGAUUCACAGCUCGCUGGGGCGGAUGACUAUCAUUCGUCAGGUCUUUCCACAGUGGAGGGACACCAAUGUUCGCUGCAUGAGGAACAAUCAUCGUAUUUCAUCCCUCCUGUGUGACCCACAAGAAGGCUACCUGCAGUCACUGGAGGUGUCCAAUCUCUACCUGUAUGACAGUGUUUUGAUGCUGGCAAACGCCUUCUAUAGGAAACUGGAGGACAGAAAAUGGCACAGUAUGGCUAGUCUCAACUGCAUGAGGAAGUCUACAAAGCCAUGGAAUGGAGGAUGGUCUAUGCUAGACACCAUUCAAAAG